AUGGAUACCAAGAAACCCGCCCCCAAAGAAGCGCUAGGCGAAAUUCUUGGGAAUUUUCGGAAAUACCUGUACCUGGAAUCCACAAGUCAAAAUUACAACGGAAAGGGUAGCUUCAAAACACUGGGAGAGGUGACCGAGGCGACUCCCAGGCGACGCGAGGGCUCAGCCCGGCCCGGCCCGGCCCCCCCGGUCUCUGGGAACACCUCCCCCCGCGGCGCUGCGGCUCUGGCAAGCCGCGAAAAGCCGCUCCGGAAGCCGCUCGCUCACCUCCGACCCCGGCCAAGAUCUCGCGCGCCUACCAGUCCGCGGCGGGACCGCGCCGCUGGCUCGGCCGGGACGCGACGUGCGGCCAGUGGCCCCGCGCUGCAAGCCGCACGCUCGCCCCGCACGCCCCCUCGCGGGCGUGUCGCAGCUCAACCGACGGCCUGCUCCGCGCCUGCACUUCCGCCUGGCGCGCUGGGCGGGGCGAGUUGGGGCCUGAGGGCGGAAGAGGAGGAGCUGAGGGGGCCGGGCGGCCCUGAGGAAUCCGAGCCGGCGGCUGGCGUCGCCGGGGCGGGUCCCCCUCAAAGCCCUGGGGGACUCGUGCCCGGAAGGGGGGGCGGCGCCCACAGGCUCCUUCGCUGGCAGGGCCUCCAGCUCCGUAGAAUGCGAGAACUGGAAAGUGACAGGACCCAGGCUCCAUAGCCUAACUCCAGUAUCUCCUAGAAAGAAUCGCCCUGCUUGCAGCACCUGGGAUUUACAUUCCAGUGAGAUGAUUGUAGAAACUGCUCUGUAGAGUGUG